UUAUAGAGGUUCUGAUUUAGUCUUUUUCAACCUUCACAAUUUCACAUUGCAGCAGGCACGAAGAAACUACCUACCUUUGAAAGUUAGAUCGACAGUACAAAGGAACUCCAGGCAAGCGGAUCAAUAGGAUCAAGCAAACCAAGCAGAAAAAUGGCUUCUCUCACCAUUGAAGCAGCAACCAGUUGUUAUUCUUCUUCUCUCCCUCGUUCUUCUACUGAUCACCCAAGUCAUUACACAUAUGAGGUCUUCCUAAGUUUUCGAGGCGAGGAUACGCGCUCUAAUUUCCAGAUCAUUUGCACUCCGCAUUGUGUGAAAAGGGAAUUGAGACAUUCAUAGAUGAUGAGCUCAAGAGAGGAGAUGAAAUAUUAUCGGCUCUUGUCAAAGCAAUUGAAGAGUCGAGAGUUUCAAUCAUAGUAUUCUCUUAAAAUUAUGCUUCCUCAAGAUGGUGUUUAGAUGAACUGGUCAAGAUACUUGAAUGCAGAAAAUCAAGAGGACAGAAGGUUAGAUCAAUUUUCUACAAGGUUAAUCCUUCAGAUGUAAGACACCAGAGAGGUGCUUUCGGUAACGCAUUUGAUAAGCUUGGUCAAUGCAAUUACAAGAAUAGCAUGGACAAAUGGAAGACAGCUCUCAAGGAAGCAGCAGAUUUGUCUGGAUGGCCUUUCAAGGAUGGCGAGUAUGUCUUUAUUCUCAACUACCUAGUAUAAUAUAUUUUUUAAGUGUUUAAUUUGGAUAUAUGUUUUCCUUUGAAUUCAUAGAUACGAGGCUGAUUUUAUCAAGAAGAUUAUUGGGGAGUUGUGCACCCAAGUAGUGAAGCCUUCAUGUGAAUUGCAUGUUUCUGAACAUCUCAUCGGAUUAGAGUCUUGCAGACGAGAUGUCUACAGACUUCUACAUGCCGAGGAAGAUAAUGUACGUAUGGGGGCCUGGUGGAAUAGGUAAGACCACAAUUGCGAAACAUGUGUUUAAUUCAAUUUGUCGCGAGUUUGCAUGUAGCUGUUUCUUGGCAGAUGUUAGAUCCAGGUCAACUAACCUAGUCCAACUGCAAGAGUCUUUUGUUUGAUAUGUUGAGGGACUCAACUUUGAAGGUGAGCAGUAUUGAUCAAGGGAUUAGUUUUAUAAAGACACGGAUGCGACAUAAGAAAGUUUUUCUAAUUCUUGAUGACGUGAGUCAUUUUAGCCAAUUGCAAAACUUGGUUCCAUCCCCUCAUUGUUUCGGACCAGGUAGUAGAAUUCUCAUAACAACAAGAGAUAAAUGUAUGCUAACUGCUUAUCAAGUAGAUGAAGUAUACGAGGUUAAACUGUUAGAUUAUGAUCAAGCUCUGGAGUUGUUCAGCUUGAAUGCAUUCAAAAGAAAUGGACCUCCAGCUACUUAUUUGGAACUUGCACAAUGUGCCGUAUGCUAUGCACAGGGCCUUCCAUUAGCUUUGAUAGUUUUAGGCUCUCAUCUAUUUGGUAGAAGCAGAGAGGAGUGGGAAGCUAGAUUAGAUAGUUGUAAAGGAGAAGAUCCCCGUAGAGAAAAAAUAAGCGUUCUCAAAAUAAGUUAUGAUGGUUUGGGAGCAGAUUUAAAGGGCUAUUUUCUUGAUAUUGCUUGUUUCUUUAAAGGUCAACUAGUAGACCAUGUGAGAGCAAUACUAGAAGCUUGCUACGCUCUCAAAUCAGUGAUCAGUAUUGCACAAUUCCAAGAAAAGGCCUUAAUGAAAGUUGACAGAGCUGAAUCUCCGUUUGGUUUCGGAAAAGUGAGUAAAGACAGGAUUUGGAUGCAUGACUUGAUAGAAGAAAUGGGUAAAGACAUCGUAUAUCAAGAGUCACUUGGUGAGCCUGGGGAGCGCAGCAGAAUCUGGAGUAAAGAUGAGGUCAACCACAUUCUCACAGACAACACAGGAACUAAUAAAGUUAUAGGCAUCAAUGACAUACGACGAUCAUCCGCAAUAUCUUUGAAUCCUAAAAGCUUCUCCGAGAUGAAGAAUCUUAGAUAUAUUUUGAUGGGAGAGUAUAGAAAGCGUGAAUGUGUUUCUAGAUGAUGAUGUGGUCGAGUGUAAGUAUGAC